GCCCCGCCCGUCCCGCUUGCCCGCUCGUCGGUCCCGGCGGCGGUGGCGGCUGCCCAGUGACAGCGGCCGCGGCACCAGGCCGGCCGUAGUAGCGUAGGGUCGUGCGGCCCAGAAACGCACACCCGGCCAAAGGGCGGCGCGGCGCGAGGAAGGACCGACCAGGGUCGCGUGUGAGGAGACCUCGCGGGCGCCGGGGGAGAGGCCGGCGUGAGGGAGGGCGGAGGCAGUGGCCGCCGGCGGCCGGGACCCGCCUCUCCGCGCGGCCGCCGCCAGCAUGAGCCACAUCCAGAUCCCGCCGGGGCUCACGGAGCUGCUGCAGGGCUACACCGUGGAGGUGCUGAGGCAGCAGCCGUCCGACCUCGUCGACUUCGCGGUGGACUACUUCACCCGCCUGCGCGAGGCCCGCUCCCCAGCGUCCAUCCCGCCCGCCGCCCCUCCUUCCGGCUCCCAGGAUCUAGAGCCCGGCUCUGGCCUUGUCGCCGACGCGAACGGGGACAGCGAGUCGGAGGACGACGAGGACUUGGACGUUCCAGUUCCUAGCAGAUUUGAUCGACGAGUAUCAGUCUGUGCUGAGACCUAUAAUCCUGAUGAGGAGGAGGAAGAUACUGAUCCAAGGGUGAUUCAUCCUAAAACUGAUCAACAGAGAUGCAGACUUCAGGAAGCUUGCAAAGAUAUUCUCCUUUUCAAAAAUCUUGAUGAGGAACAGCUUUCUCAGGUCCUUGAUGCUAUGUUUGAAAGGACAGUCAAAGUCGACGAGCAUGUCAUUGACCAAGGAGAUGACGGAGACAACUUUUAUGUCAUAGAGCGGGGAACCUAUGAUAUUUUAGUAACAAAAGAUAAUCAAACCCGCUCUGUUGGUCAAUAUGACAACCAUGGCAGUUUUGGAGAACUGGCUCUGAUGUACAACACCCCAAGAGCUGCUACCAUUGUCGCCACUUCAGAAGGCUCCCUUUGGGGACUGGACCGUGUGACUUUUAGAAGAAUCAUUGUGAAAAACAAUGCAAAAAAGAGGAAAAUGUUUGAAUCAUUUAUUGAAUCUGUGCCCCUUCUUAAAUCACUAGAGGUGUCAGAACGAAUGAAGAUUGUGGAUGUAAUAGGAGAAAAGAGCUAUAAGGAUGGAGAGCGCAUAAUCACUCAGGGUGAAAAGGCUGAUAGCUUUUAUAUUAUAGAGUCCGGCGAAGUGAGCAUCUUGAUUAAAAGCAAGACUAAAGCAAACAAGGAUGGUGGGAACCAGGAGGUCGAGAUUGCCCGCUGCCAUAAGGGUCAGUACUUUGGAGAGCUUGCACUGGUCACCAACAAACCCAGAGCUGCUUCAGCUUAUGCAGUGGGCGAUGUCAAAUGCUUAGUUAUGGAUGUACAAGCAUUUGAGAGGCUUCUGGGACCUUGCAUGGACAUCAUGAAGAGAAACAUCUCACACUAUGAGGAACAGCUGGUGAAGAUGUUUGGCUCCAGUCUGGAUCUGAUCGAUCCUGGGCAGUAGGUGUGCCACACCCCAGAGCCUUCUCAGUGUGACACCAAAACCUUCCGGUCAGCCACAGAACACACACAGUAAAAUAGACAUGACAGAACUGUUCCUGCUGUUGCCACUGCCACUGCCAUUGCUAUGGCCGUGGGCAUUUUGAAAACUUGAAAGUCAGCACUAAGGGAUGGGUAGAGGUUCAACCUACACCUCCACUUUGCUUCUGAAAGCCCCAUUAUUAGACCAUUUGUAAUGAUUUCUCCAACCCAAUUUUCACAUCUUUGGUUCAAAAUGGCAUGUCUCUCCAACAAUUUAAGUGCCUGAUACAAAGUCCAAAGUGUAAACAUCUUCCUUUCCUGUCUUGCUGCUGCUCUUGCUUUUGGAUGUUACCACAGGUAUGCACAAACCUGGUGUAUAACUGUAGACACCCUCCCCCAGCCUUUCUCAAGGAAGGAAAUGUAGCCUUCAGUCUCCUCAUGUGUCCUUUGAGAAAGUCCACAUUUGUUCACAAUUGUAAACUUUGGUUUUACAGUGGCAAACAGUGGCAGGUGGUGGUAAAGGUCUGUGGUCCUGUGACAUUGUACUGUCUGCUGACAGCUGCACACAUUACAGCUGUCUUCAAACUCACAGUAAUGCUUAGGGAGAGGCCCUGCCCAGGGCCCAGCAGGUCAGCACCCCAAAGCACACUGAUUGGUCAUUGGGACCCACGUUAGAGCAGAAAAUUUGGGCUCGCACAUUCUUCAGGUAGCAAAGAGCCAGGGAAGGUUUUCUGGGUUGUGGCGGGGUUUGUUUUGUUUUGUUUUAGUAGAUUCUGUUUUGUUUUAUUUAAUCUCUGUGCAAUUUGCAUGAAUGAAUUGCUGUCUAAUUAUAAGGAGCCAGGGUCUGGAGGUGCCAUCACUUUAUCUGACCCAAAUACUUUCCUGGGCAACUCCUGCCAUCUCUUGUUUCCAGUUGCCCCUACUGGCUAAUGGCAGUGUGCGAGCAAGGGGUUGUACUACAGAGAGAGCCCUUUCCUCCUACUCCAGCGUUGUUGCAUAGCUUUGCUAUUUAACUAUCAAUUUUUAAACUUGUUAAAGAAGAAGCUAUUUUUUUGAAAUUAAAAAAAAAUUAUUUCUCUAAUUAGUAAAUUCCUUUUGGACAUAUUCAUGUAUGUCAGUUUGUCAGCUCACUCAGGCAUUCAUUCUAAAGAUCAGCUCUUUUUGUUAGUUUUCAAAAAUUGGCAUAAUUUACAGUUUGAUAGAGUUACUGUGAAGACCUUUUUAAUUAAGAUGUUGGGAUGUUUGGGGUUCCAGAGGUUAAUCCCAGAGAAAACUAAUUUAGCUUAUAUUUUAAAACUUUUUUUAGCUUUUAAUUAUAUCAGGUAGAAUUCUGAGUUAUCCAAAUUAACUAGAUAUACUUCAGAAUGAAAUUUUUUUUCUUUAGAAUGAGUUAGAAUUAGAUGCUAUAAGAGAUUCCAAGAGCAGUGUGAAAUUUGCGUAAAGAUAAAUUUGAAUGUCCUGGCCAAGUUUAUAUUAAAUCAAGAGGCCCUUUCCAACAUGAUUUUUUUUUUUAAUUUGUAUAACUCAAUAAAUCCCUCAGAGAUUAUAUGCUGGGGCUUGAGUCAUUCCUAUUGUGGAUAAUGAUGGAACCCACAUGCCCACCUUACAUUGUCCACAUAAACCAGGCUCUCUGCUUUUGCAUGGACAGUGUGGUCAAGAGAUUUCCAGAGUGUUGACCCACCACAGCCUUGGUCACUUCUCCCUUUUUCUUGUGCUCUGUAAAGUGAAAACAGAAAGACUCUUUUCAGACUACCCUAGGUAGCCUGCUUUGCAGCUCUCAAAAUUGUGAAAGCUUGUAACUAAUACUCCAAAUCAGGCAGCUAGCACUGGGAAAGCCCAUGUGGUUUUUCCCAAAAUUUUCCAAGGUUCUUCUUUUUAUGGUGUUGUUUUAUUAUCAAAUAAAUUAAGAAAGCAGAUCUUGGACUUUAGCAGACAAAAACCACACCUUUUUCUUGCAGAGGUAAGAGGUAUAUUGGGCUUCAGGAGUGACAAAGAGGUCUAGCCUCAGACUAUGUGAGGACUCUGUUUAAACACUGAGAAGAUGCCCCCCUUACACCUCCUGUGCCAGCGUUAGUUAGGACUGUCUAUGAACUCCAUGCCAGAGUCACUCCUGCAGGCUACUAGGGAUGAACCUUCUCAUCCUGUUCUGUUGUAUAUCACAACUCAGUCUUCCCCUUCACAGAGGCCUCUCUGACACCCCGACUCACUGAUGGUUGCUGUUUUACAGAGUAGAAUUCCUCAGGUUUAAGUCCUCCUACUCUAAGUACAGAUUGGUAUAUGGAUCAUCAGUCCAGACCCUCACUGCAUGCAGAGCCCCUUGGGGGCCUGGCUUGAGGAAGGGAGACUUUAAAAGGACCAGUGUAAAUGAAAUAGGACACAGCCAUUACCAAGGUGCCAGGAGUCUGACUGUGUUUCAAUUCUCUUUACUGCAUGGGGGAUCAAAGGUGGCAGACCAGGUCCCACUCAGGGCUCUGGUGCCCCCAUUAUGCUGGGCAAGCCCUACACUGAUGGUUGAGCCUCAUGGGGAGGAGUAUGUGUUGGGAAGAGAUCCCUUUGUUAAUUGUUUAUAUUGUUCUCUUCUAUGGGUUAGAGCUUCACACCCUCUUUUCUGGCUUUGCUAUUGAUUUUGGAUGGUAGAGAAUGUUCCUGAGAGCCUUGAGGUCCAACCUGCAGUAUUAUCCUUCCUUCUGCCCCCAGUUUAUCACACCCACUAUCUUUUGGUUAUAUUCUCUGAAGAAAGGGUUCUGCUCUGUCCUCUUAGUUGACAGUUCUUAUAUAUAAUUGUGUUAUGUAUAAUUGCUAUAGAUUCUCAGAAAUCAAAGUGGAGCUUAAUGGUUAAUUCAUCAGCAAAGUGGCAAGAAAUGGCUCUCCAGCCAGUGGAGGUCAUGUUCAUCCUCUUGCCCAGAUUCUCUACUCACAAUGGUAGAGUAGUCAGAGGUGCCACUGGCACCCAGCAGCACCCUGGGCAUGCAGCAUUUCCAUGUCCUGUCACAGUGUACAAACAAUCCUCUCUCAUUUAGAAAAAUUGAAAGAGCAUUUUUGCACAGAGAAAAAGGAAAAAGACCCAUGAAUGUCAUCUUUUAUCUUUUGUUUUCAGUUGGCUGACAUUGGAAUUUUUGUUCUUGACAUGCACUUGUAAACCAAUCUUGCCAAGAUACAAGUUGUUUUGGUUUUUCACUACAAUUACCUCUUGUUAUCCUGUCUUGACUGCUGACGUUCCUCAAUGAUUCUAAUGUCUAUUUUAUGGGAAGCAGCCUUCCCAUGGGUUUCCUUUUACACACUGCAGGGCUAUCUUUGUACAGAAAAAAAAAAGAAAAUUGUCACUAGCCUCCUGGGGGAUUUGCAGAAAACCAUUUAGCCCACCUUAAAAGGUAGAUUCCUCAUUGUUUUCUUAAGCUCAUUGUAAUAAAAUAAAUCUAAUUCAGCAUUAUUGUGCUACCUCAAAGGUAAAAUGUUUUAAGGUCUUUUUUUGGUCCUGAAUUCUACAUAUAGUGUUUGAAGUGUCUUUCAAUUGGAAUUAUUUUUAAAUCAUUGGGGAGAAUCUUAUUUUAACCCGUUUACACUUGUAUUUUAAUCUCAGAAGAAUAAGUGAUUGGAAAGUGAUCAAUUCUUGUUCUGUAAUAUUGAAUAUAUAACUAAAUCAUUGUUUGCCAUAAACAAGAUUGGUUUUUUAAAAGGAAACUCUAGGGCUUGGCUUUGCUCUUGGUUAAUAAAGGCUGACAAAUCA